AUGAGUAGGUCAACGGAUGAAAAUUACAAAUACACACUCGAUCAACUUGAAACCAUCAGCAAGUCUUCCAGUGACCUCCCACCUCCCUAUUCGGUCAAUGCGGUCGAGCAGCCGCCACCACUAGAACUACCACAGCUGGAUCUGAGUUCCAAUCUAUCUGCUCCAACUGCUAUCACUCGUGACCAGUGUGUUGCACAUCUCAAGUUUCUGGCUGUGCUCGCAGAUCUGCGAGAUACUAUCUCUAGUGAUGACGGGCUCUUCGAUAUCCACGACGCCGAUGCUGAAAGAUUCCCGAAUGAACUGAAUCAAGCACGGGCUCGUAUUCGCGAAAAGCGCUGGGCGGUAUAUACAGCCCGUGCAGUUGACCGAUAUACCAAGUGGUGGUCUCAUGGGCUCCCCAGAUCAAGGCCAAUGGCAACUAUUAAUGACUUGGAGUCUAACGACUAUGAAAACAUUAUCAAUUGUGGUACUAUUGUUGCAUGGAGCACGGAAAACCUACCCCCGCUGGAUAUUCUGAUGGUCUGGCAUGCUCAUAUGUUGAAUCCCCGGAACUUCCUGGAGGAUUGCAUUCGAUACGGCAGGAUGAGCACCUGGGCAACAGGAUUUCCAUGGGAAGCGAUAGAUCGCUGCAUCAACAACCAAAGGAUGGAGUAUACAGUUUCCGAACGAGCCCAGCAGCUGUUCGAGGAGAAACUGGACUUCAAGUGGAACAAUCUACACGACCCGCCGACCAAGCAUGUCAAAUGCCCCUGCUGUGGAUGGGCGAACGCUGUCCCGUGGACAGAAGCUCGCUUUGGGGGAACUGUUGCCUACGCCUUCAAAUUUAGCAGUGGCUAUGCCGAUCAUUCAUUUGAGGUGAAGUGCUUCAGCUGUGAACGCAUAAUCGACCAUGGCCGGCUCAAGGUGGCAAAGUUUCGAAAAGACCUCGAAGGAACUCUCUACAAAGACCUCCCUAUGCCCGGGUCAUUCACCAAUCUUUAUGGAAUGCCAGAGGGGGGUGCAACUGCUAAGGCUGAUCCUCGGGCCCUCCGGGACAUGAUAUUCCCCACCCGAGUCGUCCAGGCUGGCAGAAAGGACUUGUUGCACCUCACUGAUGGUCGAUUGGAUCUGUGUCAGAAUGUCACCCAGCUGAAGCAGCAACUCGAGACCCAGCUAGGUAACGCAAAUCUUUUGUGGAAAGCACAUGGUGUCUACCUUAGAAACCUUCAGUAUGAGGAGAAGAUCCAAUUCCGAAGAAUGAUGUCUCGAUACUGGGAGAACCUCGGUCCCUUCGCGGUAGAUCUUGUGGGCGCCGUUAUCAGACAAGGCACCUUCGUGGAUAAAAUGGACAAAAUCGACUGGCUACACUCACCGACCGUCUUCGACACCAUGGACCGACUGAUCAGAAAGUAUGCAGUGUUCUUCCGGAUCAUGAUUGAAAGGCCAGAUAAGAUGGCCGUGCCCACUCUGGAUGUCGACCUAGCCUGGCACACACACCAACUUAGCCCAUCACGGUACUACAAAUACAGCACGUCGAAGGUAACCUAUCGUGGUAUUCGGAUGUUCAUCGACCACGACGACAAAGUCGACGAAGGCAAACUCUCCGACGGCUUCGCCUGGACCAGCAAAAUGUACCGCCGUCUCACCGACGGCGGCAUAUACAGCGAAUGCACCUGCUGGUACUGCGAGGCAACACGAGCACCAGACCUAUACGACCGGUUGAUCACCGUUGGCUCGGCCUCCCGCGCCCGAGUCGCUGCAGACCUCUUGCACGAUCGUCCCGAUAUCUCGUCCGAUCCAAACAAGAACCCACAUAUCUCUUCGCACAACGCGGUCCGGCCGACGAACAUGUACCACCGGUCUGAGUGGCAUAACUCUAUACAACGUAGUAACCACGAAAAGGCUAUGCGGCGUGCUGAGAAGCGCCGUCAACGAUCCGGCUCCAAAUCUGCUAAUAAUCAGGCCGACGCUUCUGCUGCAUACUACAUGCCUUAUGCAUAUGGAUAUCCCAUUGUCGUGCCAUUCUAUGCACCGUAUAUGAUGGACCCAUCCAUCAACUGUGAUUCGUACGCGAGUAACCCUGCCUGCAUGAAUUUCACUGAAGGUGCCCAUGGAAACUGUUGUGCCGGCACAUGUGAAGCAUUGAGUGAAACUGAUUUGUCAAAAGGUGGUGCCGUAGCUGCAGGUGGCUGCGCAGGAGACAGUGGUAGUGGAGGAUGUGGUGGAUCAGGUGGCGGCUGCGGAGGAUCCAGUGGUGGUGGUGGUUGCGGCGGCGGUGGUGGUGGAGAUGGAGGUGGAGGAGGAGGAGGAGGCUGUGGUGGAGGUGGUAGCUGA